CACAGCUUGCUAUCAAACUGUCUUUUGGAGUUUUUACUCAAAGAAUUUAUAACCCAUGAGAACCAAUAUGAAUAUUACAUCCGCGGCUGGUAUUAUCUCCCUUCUGGAGGAGCCAAUGCCAGAGCUAAAAGUGUUCGCUCUGAAAAAAUUGGACAUGAUCGUGGAUGAAUUUUGGCCAGAAAUAUCUGAGGCUAUAGAAAAAAUUGAAAUUCUUCAUGAAGAUAAGGCAUUUCCUCAACAUGACUUAGCUGCAUUAGUUGCAAGUAAAGUGUAUUAUCAUUUAGGAAGUUUUGAAGAUUCUCUUACCUAUGCUUUGGGAGCUGGAGAGCUUUUUGAUGUCAAUGCUCAUACUGAAUAUGUGGAUACUACUAUCGCUAAAUGUAUCGAUUAUUACACUCAACAACGUGUUUUGGAAGCUGAAGGGAAACUGCCACCAGGUAGCAAAGGUAUUGAUCCGAGAUUAGAAGGAAUUGUAAACAGAAUGUUUCAACGGUGUUUGGACGAUAAUCAGUACAGGCAAGCAUUAGGUCUUGCUCUUGAAACCAGAAGAAUGGAUGUCUUUGAAGCUGCAAUUAUGCAGUCUGAUGAUGUGAGUGGCAUGUUGUCCUAUGCUUUCCAAGUAGUCAUGAGUCUCAUUCAGAAUCGUGGUUUCCGCAACACUGUACUACGUUGUCUAGUGAGCCUUUACCGUAACUUAGGAACACCAGACUAUGUCAACAUGUGUCAGUGCCUGAUAUUUCUUGACGAUCCGUUAGCCGUUGCCGAACUCUUAGAUAGACUGAGUAAAGGUUCACAAGAUUGUGUUCUUAUGGCCUAUCAAAUUGCAUUUGAUUUGUAUGAAUCUGCGACCCAGCAGUUCCUUGGUCGAGUUUUACAAGCUCUCAGAGCAACAGCUCCCAUUCCAGGAGCUCUUAUGGUUAAGCCAAUUGUUAAACCAGCAGUAAAAGUAGCUACCGAUGUUAGUUCAGAUUCUAAUGCUAUGGAAACUGAAAGCAGUGCACCUGUUCCAGAAGAUAAAGUUCAACGUAGCGUUGAAAGUUUGAAUGCAGAAGAACGCGAACAACAGGAGCGCGUGGAUGCUCUGUCGAGUAUUUUGGGAGGCGAAAUUUCUAUUGAUCUACACCUACAGUUCUUAAUUCGUAGUAAUCAUACCGAUAUGUUAAUAUUGAAAAAUACUAAGGAUGCUAUAAGAGUGUCCAUUUGUCACACUGCCACCGUAAUUGCGAAUGCGUAUAUGCAUUCUGGUACAACUAGUGACCAAUUUUUGAGAGACAACUUAGAAUGGCUGGCUAGGGCUACGAAUUGGGCAAAGUUAACCGCAACGGCGUCAUUAGGCGUGAUUCAUAGAGGCCACGAACAAGAGGCGUUAGCGUUAAUGCAGUCCUACCUCCCGCGAGACACUGGCGCCGGUGCUGGUUAUUCCGAGGGAGGUGGUUUGUACGCGUUAGGACUUAUUCACGCGAAUCAUGGUGCAGCCAUCACGGAUUAUUUGCUUGGACAGCUGAAGGACGCACAGAACGAGAUGGUUCGUCAUGGAGGCUGUUUAGGAUUGGGCCUAGCCGCCAUGGGGUCGCACAGGCAGGAUGUGUAUGAACAACUGAAAUUCAAUUUGUAUCAAGACGAUGCUGUUACUGGUGAGGCGGCCGGUAUUGCUAUGGGCAUGGUCAUGUUAGGAUCUAAAUCAACCCAGGCGAUAGAGGACAUGGUUGCGUACGCCCAAGAAACCCAACACGAGAAGAUCCUCCGAGGAUUGGCGGUCGGGAUUGCGUUCACCAUGUACGGUCGACUCGAGGAAGCCGACCCGUUGCUGACCUCCCUCUGCGCCGAUAAGGAUCCGAUACUUCGAAGGAGCGGCAUGUACACCCUUGCGAUGGCCUAUUGCGGCACUGGAAACAAUCAGGCAAUCCGGAAGCUGCUGCACGUUGCUGUUUCCGAUGUGAACGAUGAUGUCAGACGGGCAGCGGUCACCGGCCUCGGAUUCCUCCUGUUCAGAACCCCAGAACAAUGUCCCAGCGUGGUGUCGCUGUUGGCCGAAAGUUACAAUCCUCACGUGAGAUACGGAGCAGCGAUGGCUCUGGGUAUCGCGUGCGCCGGUACAGGCCUGAAGGAGGCGAUAGCGUUGCUGGACCCGAUGACCAACGAUCCGGUGAACUUCGUUCGGCAAGGAGCGUUGAUCGCCUCCGCGAUGAUCCUAAUCCAGCAGACCGAGGCCACCUGUGCGCGCGUCAAGGACUUCCGAGCGCUGUACGCCAAGGUGGUCGUGGACAAGCACGAGGACGUGAUGGCCAAGUUCGGCGCCAUUCUCGCCCAAGGAAUCAUAGACGCCGGCGGGCGUAACGUGACGGUAUCACUUCAGUCGAGGACAGGCCACACGAACAUGCUGGCGGUGGUCGGUGCCCUGGUGUUCACCCAAUAUUGGUACUGGUUCCCAUUGGCCCAUUGUUUGGCCCUCGCCUUCACGCCGACCUGUCUAAUUGCUUUGAACGCCCAGCUGAAAAUGCCGAAGCUCGAGAUCCGUUCGAACGCCCGGCCGAGCGUUUACGCUUAUCCAGCCCCGUUGGAGGAGAAGAAACGCGAGGAAAGGGAGAAAGUGACAACCGCAGUACUCAGCAUCGCUGCAAGGGCGAGAAGACGCGAGUCCGAGAGACGAGCUCGUGACUCUCAUGAGAAGAUGGAAGUGGAUCCACCGGAGACGAAGGAGACCGUGGAAGUGAAGGAGGCGUUGCCCAAGGAGAAGGAGGAGAAGAAGAAAGAGAAAGAGGAAAAGGAGCCGAAGGAGGUGAAGGAGACGAAGGAGAAAGUCGAGAAGAAGGGCAAGGACGAGGUCGAGAAAGGCGAGAAAAGCGAGAAAGGCGAGAAAAGCGAGAAAGGUGAGAAGAGUGAGAAAGGCGAGAAGGGUGAGAAGAGUGAGAAAGGUGAGAAGGAGAAGAAGGAACCGGAGCCGACCUUCGAGAUCCUCCAGAAUCCAGCUCGCAUCCUACGGCAACAGCUGAAGGUGAUUCAACUAGUGGAGGGCAGCCAUUACGUUCCCGUCAAGGAUCUCCAAAUUGGCGGCAUCGUUAUGUUGAAGCAUGUACAAACGGACACGGAAGAGGAGCUUGUGGAGCCAGUGGCUGCUUUCGGCCCGAAACCAGACGAGGAGAAGGAAGCGGAUCCUCCAGAGCCGUUCGAGUACAUCGAAGAUUAAAAAACUCGCUGUAUCGAAAAUUCGCCCCCUCCCCCCGUGGCUCCGUUGUAUACCG